AUGGUGUGCAAGCCUUUGUUCAAGCGCGAUGGAGAUGUGUGUGUGAGAGAUGAACGAUUGUAUAUGGCGUCACAUCACAUGGCAGCCUCUCUAGCUGAGCACCUAGCGGAGCGUCGGGGGGAUUAUGAAUGUUAUAAAACUCGUUAUCAACUUGACCAGGACGAGGCUAAAAGAUAUCUCCGUGUAAAAUGUUGGGAGGCGAGAAGACUUGGGAAUAAGGACUUCGAAGCGGCAUUUAAAUUGAUGCUAUCGGAGUCGUUACCCUCUGAGUUUGGCAAUCAAGUUGUUCACACUGCUGGGGGCACUUUCUGGUCGUUGAAGUCGUCGAAGAGAAUUCAUUGUCAAAUCGUGGAAGCGAUGGAAAUGUGGUCGAACAGGAGAUGGGCCCGCAAGUCAGCUCUCGAAGCGGUGACGGCGUGUACUCGUCUUGGCAGUGAUGGGAGUAUUAGAGGCAUCCGAGUUCGCGACUUAGCCGUUGAAGUCUUGCAUUGGCCUGAGGGGAAAGUACGUACGUAUAUGGACGAGCUCGCUAAGGAGGAGGCGGACGUGCAGUCUUCGGGAGAUGGGGAGUAUUGGUCGGAUGCUGCGGUGAAGCGACUGGUGGCAACGAGUAAGGAGGGAGGGAGAGGCUAUCGCAUGUUUUGA